AUGCAAUUAGGGGUGACAGUCGAUAAGCACUCUACGAUAACUAGGACUGGAGGGUUGGCGUCCGGUCUUGCAUCAGCAGUGAAGUCAUACGUAGUCAAGAACAGACAAUUGUUCUGGAGGGCAUGUGCAUUCACAGUAUUUAAUUCCGAUUUUGUUUUCAGACAGGGCUAUUAUUGGAGAACCUUUCUGUGCCCUCUCCUAAGGACAGACCCUAGUAUAACACCACCAAUGAUGAUGGGGAUAAGAUCCAUACCCACUAUCGAAGGAAACUCAGUAACGGAUUGGCUCCAGAAAAUAGGAAGAGAUGAGACUCGAGGGCUGCUCCUCUCAGUCCCCUUCCCGGAACCUGAUUCAAUCUCAAUAUGGAGAGAUUUGAAAGGGAAACAGAGUGAACACCUCUCUCCCCUAUGUCCUCUCUCUGUGCGGUUAGAGCAACUAAGAAUCAGAGAGGUACAGCCGCACACAAUCGCCAUACCGUUCGACUCUCAAUUGCAAUCGUUCACUUUCUCUGAGGAGGAGCUUGCCUUACAGGGAAGAGGCAGAAGCCCCUUAUGGGUUAAAUGGGUCCACCAUUGCACGAGGUCCAUUGGGAAAAUAAGCACAUCUGCAUCGAAGCUACACCAGGUUAUCAGCACUUACAGAAUGGAUCAGGAUACCUCAGGGCUUGUAGUCACUCUCGCGGAAGGAUCAGGGGGUAUCCUUAAUUACCUAGCACACUUGCUCCCCAGAACUAAUCUGAUAUACAACACACUUCAGAGUGACAUAGUGGAAGUUAAAGAGAAUGUACUUAAUAUUAGCCCCCCCGCUUUGAUAGGGGACCAGUGUGACCUCAAUAAGAGGCUGGUAUCCAUUAAUGAAACCUGUCUCGGGGAGACUGACAUAACCACUCCAGAAUUCCAGGGGAAGCUUGGCUGUAUUAUGAGUAGGACCAAUGCUAAGGUCGUAAUCUUUAGUAUGGACGCAGAGCUUAAGACAGACAUCACUAACACAGACAAGUUAAUCACUUAUUUGCCUCUUGUAAAAUCACACCUAAGAGGAGAUGGAUUAUUAAUGAACAAGAUGUUCUUAUCCUCCUUCCAAGACAUCACACAUAUUCGGGCAAUAUGUGGUCACACACUUUAA